UCCCUGCCGUUAUUGUCGCUCCGGGCCGGGGCUGCGCCAUGGGGCCCCCGCUGCUGCUUGCCUGCCUGCUCGCCCCGCUCUGCGCCAGGGAUGCCAGUGCAGCCCUGGGCAGCCCACCCAGCUGGCGGCACCACGAGGGGUCCCGGCGGGUGAAGAGGGCCUGGGUGAUCCCCCCCAUCAGCAUCUCCGAGAACCACAAACGCAUCCCCCACCUCCUGGUGCAGAUAAAGUCAGACAAGCAGCAGCCCGGGGGGGUGAUCUACAGCAUCAAGGGGCCGGGGGUGGAUGAGGAGCCCCUGGGCAUCUUCUCCAUCGACAAGUUCAGUGGCAAAGUGUUCCUCAACGCCACGCUGGACCGCGAGCAGAACGACCGGUUCCGGCUGAAGGCCUUCGCGCUGGACCUGGGGGGCACAACGCUGGAGGACCCCACGGACCUGGAGAUCAUCGUGGUGGACCAGAACGACAACCGGCCACUGUUCCGCCACGACGUCUUCACCGGGCGUGUGGUGGAGGGGGCUGCACCAGGGACCUGCGUGCUGACGGUGGAGGCCACUGAUGCCGACGACCCCGAGACGGACAACGCGGCGCUGCGGUUCUCCAUCCUGGAGCAGGGCCAUGGGGAAAUGUUCAGCAUCAACGCCUCCAGCGGGGAGAUCUGCACCGCGAAGGAUGGCCUGGACCGUGAGGCCGUGGGGGUGUACAACCUGACCCUCCAGGCAGCUGACAUGUCCGGGGAUGGGCUGACCACCACCGCCACCGCCGUCAUCUACCUGGAGGACAUCAACGACAACGCUCCCGAGUUCACCAAGGAGGAGUUCUCCAUGGAGGUGGAGGAGCAGGCGGUGGGUGUGGAGGUGGGCCGCGUGCUGGUGCAUGAUAAGGACCUGGCGGGAUCUGCCAACUGGGCGGCCAAGUUCACCAUCCUGGAGGGCGACCCCGAGGGGGCGUUCGCCAUCCGCACCGACCCCCACACCAACGACGGCGUGCUGUCCGUGGCCAAGCCGCUGGACCACGAGGUGCGGGACCGCUUCCAGCUGACGGUGUCGGUGCAGAACCAGCGGCCGCUGGAGGCGGGGGUCGCGAGCAGCCCGCGGGCGGUGGCCACGGUGCGGGUGCGGGUGCGGGACGUCAACGAGGCGCCCGUCUUCCGCGAGAACCCGCGGCGCGUCAGCGUGCUGGAAGGGACCCCCCCGGGCACCGCCGUCACCACCUACACCGCCAGCGACCCCGACACGCGCCGCCUGCAGACCCUGACCUACGCGCUGCUGUACGACCCUGCGGGAUGGCUGCAGCUCGACCCGCGCUCCGGCACCGUGCGGACCCAGCGGGAGCUGCGGGACCCGUCCGCCUUCCUGCAGGGCGGUUGGUACAUCGCGCUGCUGCUCGCCCGCGAUGACGCCGACCCGCCUCUCUCGGCCACGGGCACGCUGUCCAUUGAGAUCGUGGAGGUGAACGACCACGCUCCGCAGCUGCAGCCGCCGUCGGGGGCGGUGUGCGGGCGGCCGGGCCGGGGGGGGACCCUUCUGCUGGGGGCCAACGACCGGGACCGGCCCCCCCACGGAGCGCCCUUCCACUUCCAGCUCAGCCCCCAGCACCCGCAGCUCGCCCGCAACUGGAGCGUCACCCGCUUCAACGUGACGCACGCGGUGCUGGCCGUGCUGGCAGAGCUGCCCGCCGGGCCCUACUCGCUGCCGCUGCUACUGCGGGACUCCGGCACCCCCCCCCGGGAGCAGCAGCAGCUGCUCAACGUCUCCGUGUGUCCCUGCGGCCGCGACGGGCUCUGCGAUGACGGGGUCCUGGCGGCCGCCACAGCCGGUGUCGGGGUCGCCCUGGAGGCUCUCGUGAUCAUCGUCGGCAGCGCCGUCCUCCUCCUCAUGUUGGUUCUGCUGGGGGCCGCGCAGGUCCGGAGCCGCCGCCGGGCGCAGCGGCGGGGUUUGCUGCAGCGCUGGGGGGACGACGUGCGGGACAACGUGCUCAACUACGACGAGCAGGGAGGCGGCGAGGAGGACCAGGACGCCUACGAUCUGACCCAGCUGCGGCACCCCCCGCCCCACGGCCGCCCCCCACUCCGCAGAGACGCCCCGCUGCGCUCCGCCACCCCCCCCGGCUCCUCCCGGCGCCCGCCCCGCGGCCCCUCCGACAUCGAGGAUUUCAUCAACGAGGGCUUGGAGGCGGCUGACAGCGAUCCCAGCGUUCCCCCCUACGACACCGCGCUCAUUUACGACUACGAGGGCUCGGGCUCGGCGGGCAGCGCGCUCAGCUCCAUCGUCUCCAGCCUGACGGACGGGGAUCAGGACUACGAUUACCUGCGGGAGUGGGGGCCGCGCUUCCGCCGCCUGGCCGACCUCUACGGGCCGUGAAGGAGCCCCGACCCCGUCUGGCAGCCGGGCAACGCGGUGGCUCUGAGCGCAGCGGGCGCCGCUGCCGGGCUCCGCACUGGGGAGGGUCUCCCCUCCAUCCCCAAUAAAGCUCCCACCCCCGGCUGUACC